AUGUGGGAGAAGAUCGUUGGAAGGAAGAAGCCUGAGUUUCACAAUGUAGAAGAUGCACUCAUACAGCUAAAGCAGCAACUUUUUACUCAAUCCAAGAAAACUCUGAUCAUAUUGGAUGAUGUCUGGUCCAGGGCUCAUUUGGAGGAAUUACUAUUUGAAGCGCCAGGGUACAAGACUGUUGUCACAACCAGAGACAGCUCUAUGAAUCCCCAAAACACCUUUAGUCGACUGUAUCGGUUGCCAUUGUUGGGCCAUGAGGACGCUCUCUCGCUUUUCUGCUUCUCGGCUUUUGGACAGACAUCAAUUCCAAGUGUCGUAGAUGCAAAUCUAGUCAUGGAGUUAUAA